AUGGCAACAAGCAACAACAGGUCUGAUGACGUGGGAAGCGGUUUGGAAGGGGAGUUUGCUGGCAGAGUUGCCUCAGGAAAAACCUUUCAGUGUGGGAAGUGUAGCAAGCAGUUCAGUCGGGUGGGUCUUCUGAGGGGUCACAUGCGGACUCACACAGAGACACUUGCGGAAGACACUUGCGUGAAGACUCACACUGGAGAGAAACCCUUCAAAUGUAAGGAGUGCAGCAAGCAGUUCAGUAUGCUGGGUAACCUGAGGGUUCACAUGCGGACUCACACUGGGGAGAAACCCUACACGUGUGAGGAGUGCAGCAAGCGAUUCCGUAGUAUGGGCUGUCUACAGAGACACAUGAAGACUCACACAGGGGAGAAACCCUAUACGUGUGAGGAGUGCAGCAGGCAAUUCAGUCAGAUGGGCUAUUUGCAGAAUCACAUGCGGACUCACACAGGGGAGAAACCGUACAAGUGUGAGGAGUGCAGCAAGCAAUUCCGUCGGCUGGAUCAUCUGACGAAACACAUGCGGACUCACACUGGGGAGAAACCCUACAGUUGUGAUGAGUGCAGAAGACAGUUCACGGAGCUAAGUGGUCUGAAGAGACACAUGCGGACUCACACAGGGGAGAAACCUUACAAG